UUAUAAUUAUUUUUGAACUUUAAUAUUUUUUUUUAGUCUAGUCAUUUUUAACUUAAAUUUAAGUAAAAUAUUUUGGAAUGGCAGCAAAUAGUAAUAUUAUAUGCUUUACCUGUUCCACAUGCGGUAUACAUAAGUAUUCUAUGCAAAAAUAUUUAGAUCAUUUGCAUAUUAUGCAUGAGCAUACAGCUGGUUAUCUUGCUGUAUGUAAUAUUGAUGGUUGCCCAGCAUCCUAUAAAUCUAUAAAAUGUUUGCGUCAGCAUAUUAGAAUUAAACAUACUACAAUUUACUAUUCAAAUAAUUUGUCAACAAACGUCUGCACUACUUCAACUGCUGAAAUAUUAGAAAAUGAAUAUUUAGAAAACUGUGAUGAUCAAAGCAAUGGAAAUGAAUGUGACAAUGCAACUAUCAGUUGUUUUCAUUCUGAUUCACCUGAUUUGUCUAUGUCAUUAGAAAAGUUGCUAGACACCUUGCAGCAGCAUUUUGCUCUGUUUAUUGUCGGAUUAGCUGAAAAGCAUUCUGUUCCAUCUGUGGUGCAAAUUGAUUUGGCUAAUGAAGUCCAAUCCUUGCUAACUUAUUAUAAUAAUAAUUUUUGUAGUAUUAUAAAACAGGAAUUAGGCAACAGCUUAGUAUCAAAUGAAAAUUUACAAAAUUUGUUAAACAAUGAAUUGAUUUUAGAUAGAGUUUUAUUAGUUGUUAACUCCAGCAAAAAAAUUAUUGCCUUUAGUAAAGCCAAUUUAGGACUUAUUUUGCCACUUGAAAUAAAUUUGUGUAGUAAAGAUGAUAUCUUAGAUGAAAAUGAUUUUUGUGUAGAUUCAAAUUGUGAUCAUCAAAAUGGUUUACCUAAAAGUGCUAUUAUUGGAAACGCUUUUGGUUAUACAACUUGUAAUAAUGAUAAUAACACAAACAUUAAAGAGUCUUUUCAAUACAUUCCAAUUUUACCACUGCUUAAACAGUUAAUUGAAAAAGAGGAAAUAUGGAAUUCUAUAAAACGAAAAUUAGAGAAUGAUUUGUCUGUGAAAACAAAUUUGCUUUAUUCAUAUUCAGAUGGUUUUAUUUGCAAGCACCAUAACAUUUUUAAUAACAAGUAUGCUUUAAGACUCCAUUUGUAUAUUGAUGAAUUUGAGGUAUGCAAUCCGAUUGGAGCUCAUCGUAAAGUACAUAAAAUAUGUGCAUUUUACUUUUUCCUGGGUAACAUUGAAGAUAAAUAUAUAUCAAGACUUUAA